UCUUUUUGGAAAUAUGUAAUAUUUAUAUGUACAAAUAUAUACAGCAGUUUCUCGCUAACGAUCCCCUUCUCGGUUUCGCGAGCAGACCGAUGUCGAAGGAGAUAUUGUUUCGAGAAUUGUCGGCUGUGUUAUCUCUGAUUCUCCGAAUCAGGAUCUCGUGACUUUUUCGCUUUUACCGUUUUGUUAUACUGUUUUCCGCUCUUUCUUUUGUGUUUUUUCCCUUUCCCUCGAGAACGAAAAUUUAACUUCGCGGUCAGCUGAGUCUGAUCUGCCUAACCGGUUGUAUCGUAUACCUAAAUAUUCGUGCGAGUAUCCGUUUACGUGUACGUAUACGUGUGUACAUAUGCGAAAUGCCUAAUUCAGGAAAAGAUCCCACAGUGAAAGAGCGAUCAGAAAUUGUUAAAAAAUUACAAGAUGGUGCUAGUGUAAAUACUUUAGCUAACAACUAUGGCUUGAGCAAAAGAAGCAUUCGGAAUUAUCGGAAAAAUGCAGUACGCAUUCAACAACUUGCGAAGAAUGAAACAUUAAAAAAAAGAAAAAGAAUCCGUACGUCUAAUGUUGAAGAAAUUAACACUCGUUUAAGUACAUGGAUCUUGGAAAAACGUAUGUUAGGAGACAUCCUAACGGACAAUCUCAUACAGCAAAAAGCGUUAGAGUUGCAUCAAAAAUUUGGAGUUCCAGCAAAAUUUACUGCAAGCCGCGGUUGGUUAUGGCGAUUUAAGAAAAGACACAACAGCGGUUUGAUUCAUAUUCAUGGUGAGCAAGCUGAUGCCAACAAAACCGUUACAGAACAGUUCAUUGAAGAACUGGCGAGAAAAAUAGAACAAGAAAAUAUAGACGAAAAUAAUAUAUAUAACAUGGACGAAUCGGGUUUGUUAUGGAAAAACCUACCACAGAAAACAUUAACUCGCACAUCUGAAGAACGAGUGGAUGGAAACAGAGUGAAAAAAGAUCGUGUGAGUAUAGGAUUUUGUGCAAAUUCCACGGGCACCCAUAAAUUGCCCUUACUAUUUGUACAUAAAUAUGCUUGUCCACGAGCGUUAAAACAUGUUAAGAAUAAUUUACCUGUUGUGUACAAAAAUCAAAAGAAUGCGUGGAUAGAUGAAGAAAUUUUUAAUAAUUGGUAUAUAAAUCACUUCCAACCGACUGUCAGGCAGCGACAAUUACAAGAUAAUAGUAUGGGCAAAGUUCUCCUCUUAGUUGACAAUUUUAAAGGCCACAAUGUUCGUGACGGAGAAAACGACCACUUUGAAUUAAUGUUUUUGCCCCCUAAUAAGACUUCCAUUCUGCAACCAAUGAAUCAGGGAUUAAUUACGAAAUGCAAAACAUCUUUCCGAUACAACUUACUUCAAAAGGUAGUUGAAUGUCCGAGGGGAAUUCGACAGUUUUAUUUUAACUACGACAUUAAAGAUUGUAUCGAUUUAAUUCACGAUGCUUGGAAAUCAGUAUCACAGACAAAUAUUUGCAACGCGUGGCGAAAACUUCUCAAAAGGCAGAACACAGAAAUAAAAGAAGAACAAAUUGAAAAUUAUUCUUUCGACGAAGUGAACAAUUGGGUUUCUCAUUGCGAAGAAGCUGAAUUGAUUCGUGAAAACGAUAAAGAAACGGAAGAACCAACAUUACGACAAAAUUGCGAAAUAGCAGAAGAUGAAUUAAAAGACUUAUUUGAUCAAUUAAGUCUGUGGGCUGAAACGCAGCCAGAAUUUAUUCAGUUUUAUAUUAAAGUUUUAAUAGAUUAUUAUUAUAAAAAAUAAUGUUAUGUAACUUUUGCAUAUA